ACAAUAGAUUUUUAGAUUGUUUGUGAUAUCGUGCAAUGGGCACAGACUGUGUCUUAGAUACUUUAUACAAUUCACUGUCUCAUUGCUCCUAUUUGUCAACAUCAUGUUUUCCCAGCUGCUUUGCAAACACGUUCAUAUAGUGGGGCACCGGGCUGUUGGUGUAACUAAUGUAGCACAGAGUGUUCAUAUUUAGCGCCAGACUCAGCGCAGUGCAGUUUGGGAUACAGCGGACAAUACCCAUAAUGAUCAGCCGAAUGAUAAACUGCUUCUUCCGCUAACCCUAAGGAACCGGCUGGGACCUCUCAGCCAUUCCCCACACCUGCCGCUAGGGGGCGCCUUGUCACUUCCUAAACAUGAUCGCUAGGUGGCAGUAUUGGCAGCAGGAACCUCAGUGUUGUAGUUACUAGUUGUUACAGGGAGUUAUUUCUGAGAGCGCAGCUGGUACUUCCUGCCUCCCUGGUACCGAAGGGUUGCUCUUCCUGGUGAAUAUGGAUUGAGGCCCCUCCCAUUGAGGCCACACCAGGGAACCCCGCCCUCUACUAACAUGGAGGCACAGUUGUCUGCAGAACCCGAACCAGAGCCAGAAAUUUUACUCAUAAAGAUAAAGGAGGAGGAGUCGGACUUUGAAGAUUAUGAGACCCCAGUGGAAAGCUCUGGUACUGAUGGGGUGGAGCUGGAGGGGAACCACGAGGGCUGCUUGGAACCAUCUCCAGUUUGCCUUAAAGAAGAGAGCUGUAUAAAUGCUGAAGGGAAUGAGGAGCAGGGCACCCACGAUGCCAGUGAUUGGUCAGAUCCGAUGGAUGAAGCCAAGGGGCCGGUGCAGCACGACGCGCUCAGUAACUCCGAGUCCGGCAGAAGGAAAGCCGAAAGCUCAGCAAGCUCGGAAGUAUCGGGUUUUAUCUGCGAUAAAUGUGGAAUUAGCUUUUCCGUGAACUGGGAGUUCCUGACGCACGUUUGCUGCAGAACUUGGAGCGACACAGACGGGAGAGAGGGGGAUGGUAACUCCGACUCCCCCCAAAGCCACGACUCUGCCGGCAGGGAGACAUUCCGCUGCAGGGAGUGCGGCAAAGACUUUGCUCUCCAGGCGGCGCUCGUGGAACACAUGACGGCACACAGAAAAGCCAAACCGUUUGCCUGCGCGGAAUGCGGGAAACUGUUUGUGCAGAAAAGCAGCCUCCGGAUCCACCUGAAAACCCACAGCGAGGAGAAACCAUUCAGCUGCACUGAGUGCGGCAAAGGCUUCACCCAGAAGGUCUCGCUGCUCAACCAUCAGAACAUCCACGCGGGGCUGAAACCGUUCAAAUGCACCGAGUGCGGCAAAGGCUUCGCCCAGAAAUCCGCGCUGCGCAGUCACCAGGCAAUUCACACCGGGGUGAAACCCUUCAAGUGCGCAGAGUGCGGCAAACUCUUCAACAAAAAGAGCAACCUUCUCAACCACCAGAAAAUCCACACGGCGGAGAAACCAUUCACCUGCACCGAGUGCGGCAAGAGCUUCGCCCAAAAGGCCACUCUCCGCAAUCACCGGAGCACCCACACCGGGGAGAAAUCCUGCGCGUGCCCUGAAUGCGGCAGGGUGUUUGGGCGCAAGAGCACCCUCCAAAGGCACCUAAAAACCCACGGGGAGGAGAAGCUGUUCCCGUGUCCCGACUGCGGCAAAAGCUUCUCCCAGAAGCCGGCGCUGCGUAUCCACAUGAGCAAUCACCCGCCCAAGAAACCGUUCACAUGCGCAGAGUGCGGGAAGUGCUUUGCCUUUAAGGAAAACCUUCAGAAACACCAGAUGGUUCACGCGGCUCAGAAAACUUGCGUCGGCUGCGGGAAAUGGGUGGUUCAGAUGGGGGAGAAAAGGUUCAAGUGCGCCAAGUGCGGGAGGAAGAUCCCCAUCAGCGAGCUGCUCUUCAAAUGCCCGGUGUGCGGCCGCUAUUUCCCCCGAAAGAGCGAACUGGUGAAUCAUCAGAAAGUGCACGAGCGGGAGGCGCUGUUCCACUGCUCAGUGUGCGGCAACGACUUCUUCAAGAAGAGCGACCUCGCCAUUCACCAGAAAGUGCACGAGAGGGAAAGACUUUUCAGGUUGGCUGAAGGCGGGGAGGAGGGCCUGAAAAAGAAGAAGAAGAAACUUAAAAAACGCAAGGCGGAUGGGGUGGGGAGGGAGGGAGCGGGGGGUCCAGGAAACACCCCUUGAAACGAAACAGCCCCUGGGUGCUCAUUGUACUAAGCGCGUUCCUAACUAAUUCCCCCUGCGUGGGGGGCUGCAGGGCAGUUAGGGAGGAACAUGGAGGUAGCCAUCUUUGUACUGAUGUCUGGGCCCCUCCCUGACUGCAGAGACAACUGGUGUAGAAUCAGGGACAGAUCUCUGCAAUAAAACCAAUGAGCAAUGAAGGUUUAAUCAAUGGAUAAUAGAAACGUUCCAUAAUAUCCAACCGGUGAUUUUUUUAUACACAGAAUAUUUAUUUGGUGCUGCUUCCUGUGACAUCACACGCUGGUUUCAUAAAAUAAUCUAUAAUAA